GCUGUCGUCCUAUUUCCAUUUCCCCAUCAGUACUCUCAAUUCCUAUGGAGAAGAGGAGGGAGGUGGGCUUACAGAGUAAACUCCACCCAGAGAGAGCUGAUGGACAAAAUGGACGGGUGUGACAGAGCUGAAGUUCUCAUGAAAAUUCUUUCGCCUGAUCAAAUUGAAGCCUCCAUACCAAAGUGCCUGGAGUGUGGAGAACACAUUACCGAACGAUAUAUUUGCAAGGUGCUCGACAAUUACUGGCAUUCUAAUUGCCUGAAAUGCAAGCAUUGCAAAGCGAGCCUCAUCGACAAAUGUUUUGUCAAAAACAGCAAAAUAUAUUGCAAAGAUGAUUUCUUCAGAGAGUUUGGACCAAGAUGCAGUGCUUGUGGCUCAACGAUUGCUCCAUCACAAGUGAUUCAAAGGGCGCAGGAUUAUAUCUAUCACUUUGACUGUUUUGAAUGUGCAAUUUGUGACCGAAAAUUAGAAACAGGUGAUGAGUAUUUUUUGAUGGAGGACCGAAAAUUGUUGUGUAGAGAAGAUUUCGAAUCGUCAAGAACAAAAGAUGGAAUUGAUGGAAACAAGAGACCGCGAACAACAAUAACAGCAAGACAAAUGGACGUUUUAAAAGAGGCCUACAAAGCAUCGCCGAAACCAGCAAGACAUGUCAGGGAACAACUUGCUCAAGAUACUGGUUUGGAUAUGAGAGUGGUACAAGUUUGGUUUCAGAACAGGAGAGCCAAGGAGAAGAGAUUGAAGAAAGAUGCUGGCAGGGCCCGAUGGGGACAAUUCUUCAGAGGCGUGAACAAUUCACUUUCGUCAUCUCCGACACGAAAUGACAAAAUUGAUAGUGACCGUGAAUCAGAGAUUGAUUCAGAAAUAAACAAUUGUGCAGUUGAUAGUAACGACAGCUUCAGCAGUGGGUUAAAUAUGGUAAUUGAACCGGGCCAAGACAUGACGUUUUCUAUUCUGGGAGAUCAAAAUGACGGUCAACAAACGUUGGACUGCCUCCAUGGAUUUGACAAUGGGAGAGAAUCUGGUGUCUAUGACGAUCAAAGAGAUUUUCACGCCAGACCAGACUUUGUCCCAAACGAUUGGACAUUUGCAAGAAGAGGAAGCUCCUAAUACAGAAGUAUUUGAUGAAGUAAAGUUUACGAUCGCCGCAUAUGUUCCAAUUGUUUCCAGCAACUUUUUCAAUAAGUGUAGUUGCUAAACUUGUUGACAUAAAGACUUCAAAACUGCUCUUUUUGUGUAUAUGUAUUUGAUGUCUUGUUUAAGGUGAGACAAUUAUCAUCUUGAAGUGUAAAUCCUUCUUUUGGGCAAAUACCAUUCAAAAAAAUUCAUGAUUAAAGAGGGAUAAAAUGUGCGGGAAUAAAUUUGAUUAUUUACUUUUUAUUUAGGGUUACUCUUACACGUUUUAGUGAAUAUCAACAAGAAUGUCCGAAUGUCCUCCAAGAAACACUGUAGUGUUUGAACGGCGGCGAGGCAUUAGUUCGACAGGGAUCUCCCUCCACCCUCUACGUAGUGGCACUAACCAGCAUGGGUACAACAAAUACAGUAAAGGAUUAAUUGUCAUGAUAAGAACUGUAAUAUACAAUGAGGGAAGAAUCCUCGCAAUAAAGAUCUUUUUAUACAUAGAAAAUAAAAUAGGUGAGAUCCUGCGCUUACCCCAAUAAA